AUGUCGGGCGGAAAGGUUGUUUUAGUAACUGGUGGUUCAGGGUUAGUUGGAAAAGCUAUAGAAACCGUUGUUUUGUCGGAAAAAAGAACGGAUGAAAAUUGGAUUUUUUUAAGCAGUAAGGAUGCUGACUUAUGCGACUACAACGCAACGAAAAAGUUGUUUGAAAAACAUCAUCCAACACAUGUUAUACAUCUGGCUGCCAUGGUUGGGGGUUUGUUCCAUAACAUGUCCCAUAAUUUGGAUUUUAUGAGAAAAAAUUUACAUAUGAAUGAUAAUGUCCUACAAAUAAGCUAUGAAAUGGGGGUUAAAAAAGUUGUAUCAUGUUUAUCUACUUGCAUAUUUCCUGAUAAAACUGAAUAUCCCAUUGAUGAGACAAUGAUACACAAUGGUCCACCACACCCUUCAAAUUUCGGUUACAGCUACGCAAAAAGAAUGAUUGACGUUAUGAAUAAAGCAUAUCACGAGCAACACAAUUGUUUAUUUACUUCAGUUGUACCCUGUAAUGUUUUCGGCCCACAUGAUAACUUUAAUUUAGAGUCGAGUCAUGUAAUCCCAGGUUUAAUAAGAAAGUUGAAUGAUAUAAUACAAAAAGGGGGCAAUACUUUUACUGUUAUGGGUACAGGGAAACCCCUAAGACAGUUUAUAUAUUCACUGGAUUUGGCAAGGCUUUUCCUAUGGGUUUUACGGGACUAUGACAGUGUUGAACCCAUAAUUUUAUCAGUGGAUGAAUCCGCCGAGGUCAGUAUUAAAGAAAUGUCGCAAGAACUGGUAAAAGCAUUUGAUUUUAAAGGCGAAAUAGUUUUUGAUACGACAAAAGCUGAUGGGCAGUUUAAAAAAACCGCCAGCAAUGAAAAAUUACGAAAAUUUUUGCCGGAUUUUAAAUUUACACCCUUUCCAACGGCUAUCAAAGAAACUGUGGACUGGUACAGGAAAAAUCAAAGUAUUGCCAGAAAUUAA